AUGGAUCUGGGGGGGCAAGGCGCUGCCUCCCCAUCAGUGCACAUCAUUCAGCAACCAAUUGUUCAACAGCCAGAGUUGACAAUUCUCCAACAGAUGCCCUGGGUGCCGCCUGCUAUUCUUCCAUCCAACAGAACAGGCCACAUCAGAGAAGAUUUAAUGGAAUUGAUGAUGAUACAAAAUGCCCAGAUGCACCAGGUGAUAAUGAACAACUUGGCCAUGUCGGCAGUGGCGCACUUUGACCACACCCCAGCACAGAUGUCCCCUGCCCUUUGGGAGACAGAAGAAGAGGAAGAGGAUGACCCAACACCCCUUGUAUUCCACCACCAUUAUGCUCCCUAUCCAAGCACCCUUCCAUUCAUGGCAUGGCAGCCCCCACCUCAGCCAUCUGCUUGGCCACGGCAACAACCAGCCAUUCGCCAUGUGGGCCCAGAGCCUCAGGCAACCAGGAGGCAAGAUGGUCAAGUGGUUCCUCCACCCCCACCACCAAGUGCUACCGGAACUGUGACAGCUGACAUCCGACCAGCUUCAGAGUACUAUGACUUCACCGAGGGACAGGGCUUAGCUGGAAGUCUCAGUUGA